AUGGAUCCCGGCCCCGGUCUGUGCGUUGUCAACGUUCGGACCGCCAAAUAAAAACGGGGGGGAAUCGACGGGAAAACGACGACCAAAUAAAACGAGCCGUCGCCCGUCUCGCCUUUCGCCUCGUAUUUGGGGCGAAUCGCGCGUCGCAGAGCCUUAAUUCUCGAGCGGGCGGGAGACCUAUUUUGAGAGGCGGAGCUCGUCCGUGCCCCCGUUCGGCGAGGCGCGUUCGUAAUGAAAGGAGCGCGUGAGCGGGUCCGCGCCGUCUCGCUCACUUUGUUGUGCGGAGAGCAGCACGCGCCGUCGGCUUCUGCGCGCCGGACCUUCCGUGGAAACCCGAAAGCCGUGUGAGGAAAAGCAGCACGCAGGACGCCCCCCGACCACCACCAGAGGAUCCCGCCCGUACGUCUCUGACCCACCAGCCCGCAGCAAACAUGUCGGCCUCGGCGGCGAAAGUGAGUAAAAAGGAGCUGAACUCGAACCACGACGGAGCGGACGAAACCUCCGAGAAAGAGCAACAGGAAGCUAUCGAACACAUUGACGAAGUUCAAAAUGAAAUUGAUAGGUUGAAUGAGCAGGCCAGUGAAGAGAUCUUAAAAGUAGAACAAAAGUACAAUAAACUUCGUCAGCCGUUCUUUCAGAAGAGGUCAGAACUGAUCGCCAAAAUCCCAAACUUCUGGGUCACCACGUUUGUCAACCAUCCACAAGUAUCUGCCCUACUGGGAGAGGAAGACGAGGAGGCACUUCAUUACCUGAGCCGAGUGGAGGUGACAGAGUUUGAAGACAUCAAGUCAGGCUACAGAAUAGAUUUUUAUUUUGAUGAAAAUCCGUACUUCGAAAACAAAGUCCUUUCCAAAGAGUUUCAUCUGAAUGAGAGCGGAGACCCAUCUUCAAAGUCAACAGAGAUCAAAUGGAAAUCGGGAAAGGAUCUGACCAAGCGCUCCAGCCAGACACAAAACAAAGCGGGGAGGAAGAGGCAACAUGAAGAACCGGAGAGCUUCUUCACUUGGUUCACUGACCAUGCUGAUGCUGGGGCUGAUGAGCUGGGAGAAGUCAUUAAGGAUGACAUCUGGCCAAACCCUCUGCAGUACUACUUGGUUCCUGAUAUGGAUGAUGAAGAGGGUGAAGGUGAAGAUGAUGAUGAUGAAGAUGAAGAAGGCCUGGAGGACAUAGAUGAGGAAGGGGAUGAAGAUGGAGAAGAAGAUGAGGAGGAUGAAGGAGAAGAUGGAGAGGACGAUGAUGGCGAAGAUGACUAAAAUUGACAUUAUCUACCAAGACCCCUCAACCUUCUCUUCCCUGUUUGGUUUUUCCACCCAUGAUCGGGAGCAAAGUCUUUCUUUUUGUGUGUGUGUGCGUGUGUGCGCUUCAUCCUCCAUUCUGAAGCCCAUCACCUGUUGGUGCCAUGUUAUGUUCUUCAUCUAAAGCCAAUGGCCCUUUGCCCUCAAUUGUGAGUACCAUCCCCUAACUCAUCUCAAAAUAAAAACGUGUACAAAAAUAGAAUCAGCACGGCAUCCUGAGUAGAAUUUGAAAGACCGUUUACACCAAUUUCCUCCUGUUUAAGGUUGUGUGGUAAAUUUACUAAAGCCAUGGUGUAGUGACCUAGCGCUAGCAGAACUGUUUUGUUUUUGUUUUUUUUGUUUUAUUUUGUUUGUUUUUUUUUCAUUUCGGGUGUUGAUCCCUUUAAACUUAUUUUUCCCCUAUGUGGUUAACGAGUACCAGCUCAUUCCUAUCACCUGUAAUGUUUGGGGAGGGGGGUGGUGGGGAGUAUGCUUGGGUUAUUGGAGAGAGUGGUUAUUUUGACACCAUUUCUAUGGAUUUUUUUUUUCUUCAUUGUAUUGUUUUACAGAUAUCCAUGCGAUUUGAAAUGACAUUUUUAAUAAAGAGAACAAAAUGAGAAAAAAACAGCUUGUAAAUUUUGGCCCCCACUGCUUCAUGGGAAGGAUUACCUGUUAACUCGUGAAAUUUACAUUUACUCACCCUUUCAUUUUCCGCUGGGGGAAAAACUGUUUUAAAUUUGAGGUGUACAACUUGCUUUGUUACAAUAAAACUUAACUGUGUAUAAACGUG